AUGCCAGUGACUCUACCCAAGACCUACAGCGGGAGUGGUCUGACUUUGGAAAAAGUGGGCAUGUUUGUGUCACUUUCCUCCAGACUUGGGGUCACUCUGCUGUGGGAUGGAGGUAUGCGUGUGUACGUGCGCCUGGCCGCACACUUGAGGGGAAACGUUGGAGGCCUGUGCGGUAACUUCGAUGGGGACACGGAGAAUGACUUCACCACACGACAAGGCAUCGUGGAGUCCACCGCUGAGCUGUUUGGGAAUUCUUGGAAGGUCAGCCCAUCCUGCCCCGAUGUAGCAGACCAAGAUCUUCGAGACCCCUGCUCGGUUAACUCGCACAGAGUACCGUGGGCCAGGAAAAGAUGUGGCAUUUUGACUCAGGAGCUCUUCUCUCCAUGCCACCUUGAAGUGCCCUUCCAGCAGUAUUAUGACUGGUGUGUCUUUGAUGCGUGUGGCUGUGACUCCGGUGGGGACUGUGAGUGCUUGUGCACAGCCAUCGCCACUUAUGCCGAAGAGUGUAACCGCAGGGGGGUGUACAUUCGCUGGAGGUCCCAGGAGCUCUGUCCCCUGCAAUGCGAAAAUGGACUUGUUUAUGACCCGUGCGGUCCGGCUUGCUCCCCUUCAUGUCCCAAUGUGCAUCAGAGUCCUCACUCCCAAUGUGACGUCCUUUCCUGUGUGGAGGGCUGCUUCUGCCCCGCUGGUACUGUUCGAUACG